CCACACCACACCACACCACACCACACCACACACACGCACACAUGCACGCACACACACACACGCACACACACACAUACAUACACAUACACAUAAACACACAGAGGCAUAGACGGAUUCUCUGAGAAGAAGCUAAGAUGGAUGGGGAAUAUCUCUAUGUCCACUGAUCUUGUGGGAGCAUGCCUCUGAGUCCGCCAGCCGACGCCAAACAUGAGUCUCCCGACCGGCCGCGGCAACAGCACGCCCCUACCAACGGUAACCACGGAGACGACAGCAUUCGGGCCUCUCCCGGGAAAAAACCUGCCACGGAUCCCAUGGAGGAUCUCCACGGAAACGCAGCCGUCAUCCGCAUUGGAAUCCCUGACCUGCAGCAAACAAAAUGCAUGCGUUUGGACCUAGAGGCGCCGGUGUGGGUAUGUAAGCAGCGCGUGCUGGUGACACUCACCCAGAGCCUGACAGACGUGCUCAACUAUGGGCUCUACUUGCCCGCCUUCAACGGCCGUGCAGGAAAGUUCCUGGAUGAGGAGAGGCUACUCCGGGACUACCCUAUGCCCACGGUCACCCCGGUCCCUUACCUCGAGUUCCGCUACAAGAGACGAGUGUACACACAAAGCCAAGUGGAUGACAAGCAGUUGGCUAAACUUCACACCAAGGCCAACCUGAAGAAGUUCAUGGAGGUGGUGCAGCUGAGGUGUAUUGAGAAAGUCUCCAGAUUUCUGGAAAAAGGACUGGACCCAAACUUUCAUGAUUCAGACAGUGGAGAGUCUCCCCUCACCCUGGCCGCACAGCUGGACUCCUGUGCAGACCUGAUUAAGGUCCUGCGUAACGGAGGCGCCCACCUGGACUUCAGGACCAGAGAUGGCAUCACCGCGCUGCAUAAGGCCGUACAGUCCAGAAACCACGUUGCACUAACAACCCUGCUGGACCUGGGAGCCUCGACGGACUACAAGGACAGCCGGGGCCUGACUCCCCUCUACCACAGUGCCAUGGUGGGCGGAGACCCGUACUGCUGCGAGCUGCUGCUCUAUGACCACGCCCAGCUGGGCCACAGCGAUGAGAAUGGCUGGCAGGAAAUCCAUCAGGCUUGUCGCCAUGGAAACGUGCAGCACCUGGAACACCUCUUAUUUUAUGGAGCAGAGAUGAGUGCCCAAAAUGCCUCAGGAAACACAGCAUUGCACCUGUGUGCCCUCUACAACCAGGAUGGCUGUGCCAGAGUCCUGCUGUUUCGGGGAGCUAAUAAGGACAUCAAAAACUACAACAACCAGACAGCAUUUCAGGUCGCCAUCAUUGCAGGAAACUUUGACCUGGCAGAGAUCAUAAAGGUUCACAAACCCUCAGAUGUCGUGCCUUUCAGGGAGAGUCCCUCCUACUCUUCCAGGCGUAGAGGUGGGUCCAGUGGGUGUCUCUCCCCUCGUCGCUCCGCCCUGCUGCGCUCGGCCAGUGACAACGCUCUGGACGAGAGUCUGCCCGCCCCCUCGCCUGCCCCCUCCCUGCGCAGCCUGCCCCCGCUGGACGCCGAGGAGACGUCACCGUCGCAGCAGCGCAGUCAGCAGGGGGCGACCUCACAGACGCGCAGCCUCAGGAGACACACCCGGGGCCACCUCAGUCCUGGGAGCCCGGUGCAGCGUGAGCCCAGUCCGCCAGCGGUGUCGCGCGGGCCCAAGCGCAGACUCUACAGCGCUGUCCCCGGCCGCACCUUCAUCGCCAUCAACUCGUACACGCCACUGGGAGAGGGCGAGAUCACACUCAACCGCGGCGAGAGAGUCAAGGUGAUGAGUAUUGGAGAGGGAGGCUUCUGGGAGGGGUCAGUUAAAGGAAGGACCGGCUGGUUUCCUGCACACUGCGUGGAGGAAGUCCAAAUGAGACAAUUUGACCCACGAUUAGAAACAAGGGAGGAUCGGACCAAGAGGCUGUUCAGGCACUACACAGUGGGCUCUUAUGACAACUAUACUUCCUACAGUGAUUAUGUCAUUGAGGAGAAAAGUGCCACGCUACAGAAGAGAGACAGUGAGGGCUUCGGAUUCGUCCUACGUGGAGCGAAAGCUGAGACACCCAUCGAGGAGUUCACACCUACACCAGCGUUUCCAGCCCUCCAAUACCUGGAAUCCGUGGACCUGGAGGGUGUGGCCUGGAGGGCGGGGCUUAGAACAGGCGACUUCCUGAUUGAGGUGAAUGGCGUGAGCGUGGUGAAGGUUGGACACAGACAGGUGGUGUCUCUGAUCCGACAGGGAGGCAGCAGGCUGGUCAUGAAAGUUGUGUCCGUGUCUCGCAAACCAGAUACCGGAGAUGUAGUCCGCAAAAAAGCCCCACCUCCCCCAAAGAGAGACCCCAGCACAAGCCUGACUCUGCGUUCCAAGAGCAUGACGGCCGAGCUGGAGGAGCUGGCAUCCAUGCGGAGGCGAAGAGGGGAGAAGCUGGAUGAGAUGCUGAGCAGUAAGGAGCCGGUGGUGGUGAUGAGGCCACGCCCCUCGGAGGCGGACUCUCGCGCUGCCACCGUCAAGCAGAGACCAAUCAGCCGGAGAAUCACACAGGCAGAGAUUAGUAAUCUCUUGGAGAGGCAAGGAAUGUCUCCAUCUUCUGGGAUGCAGCUGGGAUUGGAUAAGAGUCACAUGCAACUGCCCAGAGGAAUGUCCAGAACAAAAUCCUUCGGUGCCCCUGAGGAUGACAGAAUCUCCGCUCUGAUUGGAGAGCAUCGGUUUCCACGGAGCUCUUCCAUGACGGACAGCUUCCACCACAUUCCACCCCCGCCUCAAACCGCACCCCCUCCGCCCCCGACUUCUUACUACAUGGACUCAGGCCCGCCCCCGGCCUUCCUCCCGCCCCCUCCGUCGCGUGCGGCCAAUCAAACGCGCUCGAGCUUCCGCCCAGGCGUGGAGCCCAAGCUGCACGGGCCAGUGACGACGGAGCGGCAGCGGAAAGCACGCUCCAUGAUCAUCCUGCAGGACACCGCACACCUGCCUGUCGAGCCCACCUCCAUCCCCCGUCCAGCUACGCCCACCUCUGGCCACUCCCAGCAGCCACUGCAGGAGCGGGGGAGGAGACGGACGUCCGGCGUGGAGAACCCCUACGCCAACGUGGGCCGCCUGAGCACCCUCUACACGCCGGCCAAGCCCCAGCGUCGGAAGAGUCCGCUGGUCAAGCAGGGCCAGGUGGAGGAGGGCAGCGCAGGAGGAGGGGGCAGUCAAGAGAGAGUGAUCAUCCGGGAGCCGUCUCCCGUCGGCACGUUGUCGCGGAUCCCGCACAGCAGCCGGGCGGAGCAGUUCCAGCAGCAGGUGCUGCAGCCGGGCCAGCGCCCGCAUCACACCCGGCCAGCCCGGCGCCUUCCUUCAGCCAGCCGGUGGAAAGAGCCACCCGAGCCGCAGACGCCCGCGCCGCUGCUCACCGCGCAGUCGCACUCCAUGGGCCAGGCUGGCCGAGGCUGCGCGCCCCGCCCCAUGCUCUCACCAGGGCCGCCGCCGGGCGGCUCCACCUUCAUCCACCCGCUGACCGGCCGGCCCCUGGACCCUCCCUGCGCGCUGGCGUUGGCUGGCAGCGGGCCGAGGGCCUGAUGCGCACCGCCCACCCCACCACACCCGUCCCCAUCGCCCGGCCUUAGCCCAGGGCGGGGGCCGGAGAGAGGCCAAGGCGGAGGAGGAGGGACCGCGCCGGCCAGCGGUGGAGGUACGCCACCACCGUCCUGGAGGGACGAGCCAAUCAGCAUCAUCGAAACGCCGCCGCCCAGCGAGAUCAUCAUCAGUAGCAGCAGCCCCACCUCGGGGCGGAGCCCGGAGACAACACCCGCCCCUUCCAGCCUAACGGACACCGAGCACAGUCCGACCUCGGCCCGGGUUCCCUCCCCGGCUCCGCCCCUGGCCAUCCUGUCAGGACGCAGCAUGACCAUGAGCUCGGAGGAGGAGGCAGAGCCAUACACCGUGACCCUGCCGCCGGCGCUGCUGUCGUCCAGCGACGAGGAGACGCGCGAGGAGCUGCGCAAGAUCGGCCUGGUCCCACCGCCCGAGCCCUUCGCCAAUGGCCUGAUGGCCAAAGAGGCGCCCAUCAAAGCCACCCUGGCGCUCGCCGCCUCCAGGCCCGGGCCCAUGCCGGCUUCCGCCGCGGCCGCCGCCACCUCCUCGGCCACCUCCUCGGCCUCCGCGCCAGGGGGCAAGUGUGACUCGGUGGCCACCGACUCGGGCGUGGAGGACCCGCACCUGGAGACGACCAGCACCGUCUCCACCGUGUCCAGCAUGUCCACGCUGUCGUCGGAGAGCGCCGACUCGGCGCACGCCAAGCCCAAGUGCGUGGUGGGCCGCGGGCGGCCGGCGGCGCUCAUGCGCGACCCGCUCCUCAAGCAGUCGUCUGACAGCGAGCUGCUGCCCCAGGUGCAGGGCGGGACGGGCACGCCUGGCCGGCCCCGGUACCUCUUCCAGCGGCGCUCCAAGCUGUGGGGGGAGGUAGAGCCGCGUGGCCUCGGCUCCGCCGCCGGGCAGCAGGAGGGGGGAGGAGGUGGAGGGGCAGGAGGCGCAGGGGGAGCUAACGAGGGCCGGCCGGCGGCCAUGGGCGCUGAGCUCCUGAGCAAGGUUCGCCUCGCGGGGGAGGAGCCAUUGGCCAGGGGGGCCCUUCGGCCCGGCAGGAGGAGACAGCCCGUGGGAGGGGCGAGGUUGUUCAGCAGUCUGGGCGAGCUGCACACCAUCUCCCAGCGCAGCUAUGGCACCACCUUCACCAUCCGCCCAGGCACCCGCUACCCGGUGACGCGCCGCACGCCCAGCCCUGGUGCCACGCCUGACCGCGGCGACACGCCGCUGGGCCCUGUGCGCACCUUCGGCAGCGGUGGGGGCGGCGGCAGCAGCAGUAGCCCCCACCUCCCGCACCACCACCACCACCACCACACCAUCCUCAAGUCGUCCAGCCUCAGUCUGCCCACGGAGCCCAAGGAGGUGCGCUUCGUCAUGCGGAGCGCCAGCGCUCGCGCCCGCAGCCGCUCGCCCUCGCCGUCGCCCUGCGCCUCGCCGUGCCCGUCGCCCGUGCUGGGCGGGCCGCUCAUGGCGCUGCGGCCCUUCCGCCAGCGCCCGCUGGCGCUCUGGAACAAGUACGACGUGGGCGACUGGCUGGAGAGCGUCGGCCUGGGUGAGCACCGCCAGCGUUUCCUGGAGCACGAGAUCGAGGGCGCGCACCUUCCCGCGCUCACCAAGGACGACCUGGCCGAGCUGGGGGUGACGCGCGUUGGCCACCGCAUGAACAUCGAGCGCGCGCUCAAGCAGCUGCUGGACACUUAAAGGCGCCCACCUCAAGAUGCCCGCUCAUUCUUAAGGGCCGCUGCGCAAAAAUGCUCAUCUCCAUACAGAUGUAGAAUUUACACUGGAGUUUGGCACAGAAUAGUUAAACCUGCACAACAACCCCUUCCAAUCCAAACACAGCCAUCGACAAUCUACACUACUCCUACCCCCACACACACACAUACACACACAAACACCAACUGGAUCAAUAUCCAGGAUUUAUCUACAACUUUAAUUUAUACAACAAUAUAGUAUAAUACUAUUCAUACCCCUCACACUGUCCCCCAAUGUCAUGCAAAAAACACACAACAUUCAAUAUCCCUAUAAGGCAUUCUUACUACCCCAAGACAAAAUAGCCACUUAACAUCCUCACUUUGAAAAUGUUUUUUUGAGUCACAGAAUCAGCAUAGUAUCUAACCUCUAACUAGUCCAAACAUUUUGGUAUAUCACCUUUUAUUCUUACCAGGUCCCAGUCCAAUAUUUUGCUGUGGUGGUACAGUAUACUGGGUCAAAUCAGACUGGUCCUUGGUUGCUGUGGUUGAUGUAAAGUGAAAAUUAAUGUUCGACAUCCAUGGUUAAAGGAGAUUGCCUUUGGAGAGCUUUCUGCUCUCUAACUUUUUAAGCAACCUUUGAACAGAUUCUGCCUCCAUCUAGAUUUAAUAAAAUGAAAGUAUUUUCAGCUAACUUUUAUAUGUAUGAAUUAAUACAGGCUAUAUAUUUAAGAUGGAACGAAUUGUAUUGCGUAUGAAUGCAACUUGAAGUUUAACUUCACAGUUUAACCUUAUAUUGUGUCUUUAAAAAGUUUGUGGUAGAGUUAAUUUGGUCAGAUUUACAGCUAUUUUACCUUUGAAGCAAAGUCCCUUAUCACAAUUAUUGCUUUCUAUUAAUCUGUGCUUUAUGAUUAAUAUGAUGUUCCCAAUAUAUUUAUUAUUUUAUUCUCUUUACAAAGUCAAAAAUGUUGUUGGAGGAAGGCGUUUGAGACGUUAGUAAAUGUGGCAGAUGUCUGUAAAUAUGUUAUUUUCUUUCUUUCCUUCUUUCUUUGUUUUCAACUUAAACAGAAGCAAUGGAAAUGUGUGUUAUUUACAUGCCGACUAUGGUUGCUCCGAGGGCUGUGAUGUUUGCUCACCUCUGUGAAUGACUUACAAAGAUCAGGUGCUAUGUUACAAAGCCAUCUGCACACACACACACACACACACACACACACACACAGUAUAUCCAGUAACACAAUUAGUCAGUAUAUAAAACGUGCAUGCAUACACAAGUGCUUAAUCUCAUGUCUAUAGUAUUAAAAAAAUGCACGUUAAUACAGGACACAUGCACAGGCAAAACAUUGGGAUAGCAUUGCCAUCCUAAAUGUCAGUAUACAGUAUUUAUUUGACACACAGAUAUACUCAUAUUCACAUCCCCAAAAAUUGUACCUCACAUACAAAUACACACACAUGCACAGUACGCCUACACAUACACGCUGACGCUACACACACAUACGCCUAAACACACACACACACACAAACACAGGCUUGAAGUGGCCGACAAUCUUAUCCAUGCAGCAUGUGAAUAGUGAUAUGUGUCUGCAGUGUGUGAUUGCACUGUUCUGGCAAGUGACAAUGGACAGCAUCCGCCACAUUCAUAUACAAAAAUGGAAGACGUCUCCCAAAAAAAAGGACUAGACCAUUUUGGUUAUUGUUGGACUCAAGAUCAAAUUGUUGGCCGAUAUCUAGCCUUCUCUAUACGGAAAAAACAUGUACCAAAAAUUACAA